AUAAACGUUUCUUGCAUUGUGUGUGUAAAAAUAAAAACAUUUACUUAAUUUUAAAAGAAGAAUUAAAGAAAAACCUGUAAAUAUUUAAAAAUAAUAAAUGGUUAAUGAUAGAAAGCGCCGUUCUCGAUCCCGCGAACGUCAUAUUGACAAAGAACGCGAUAGGGACCGUGAGCGUGUACGAGAUUCUCGCGGAGGCGGUGUAGACUAUGAUCGUCGCCCAGCCAGACGCACCCGUUCGCGGUCUAAAGAACGUACCGGUCGUGAUAGAUCUCCAGAGCGUCAACAAAAUCGCCAUCGUGAACGCAGUCGGGAAAGAUCUCGCUCCAAGGAGCGGCUCCGUGAUUCUGACUUAUCAAAAUACAAAGAUAAAAAACGUGAGGCCGAAGAUGUCAAGUUAAAGCUUGAACAAAAACUUAAGGCUGAAAAGGAUUUAAAAAUGGAAGAUGAGGAAAUGCUAGAAGAGAAUCGCAAGAGUAAAAAAUCAGAACCAUUGUCUUUGGAAGAGCUACUGGAAAAGAAGAAAAGGGAAGAGGAAGCCCGUGCCAAACCGGUGUUUUUGACUAAAGAACAAAGAGCUGUCGAAGCUUUAAAGCGGCGUCAAGAGGAAGUGGCCGCUAUGAGAGCAGCUCAAAGUGGUGUACGUGUGGGUAUAUCUGCAUCAAUAUCAGGUAUAGCUACAGCCUCUAGCAGUGGCAUUGACAAUAGCUUUAGUGUGUCAAAAAGGUCAGAACCAAAAGUUGAACGUAGGCCAGAGGGGCGUGAAAGAGAUGGCAGAGACCGAGACAGAGACCGUGAUUUUGAUCGUAGAGAUCGUGGCGGCGGCGGCGGUGGCGGUGGUGGUGAUGACAGAAAUCGAGCUGGCCCAGAUAGAGAUCGUGGGGGGCCUGCUGAUAGGGAAAGAGAAAGUAAGCGGGUGGACGACCUCUCGAACAAAGAUAAAGAGAAGGAAUUGGAAGCCAUAAGAGAACGUUAUUUGGGUAUAGUUAAGAAAAAACGAAGAGUUCGACGUUUAAAUGACCGGAAAUUUGUAUUUGACUGGGAUGCUGCCGAAGAUACUUCUGUGGACUAUAAUAAUCUCUAUAAAGAACGUCAUCAUGUGCAAUUCUUUGGUCGUGGCAAUGUAGCUGGUAUCGAUAUUAAGGAACAGAAACGAACUCAAAGUCAAUUUUAUGGCGACCUCCUCGAAAAGCGUCGUACAGAGGCAGAGAAAGAACAGGAAAAGGUACGCCUUAAGAAGGUGAAACGCAAGGAAGACAAACAAAAGUGGGAUGAUCGUCAUUGGUCGGAAAAAGAUAUGGAUGAAAUGACAGAACGUGAUUGGCGUAUAUUCCGCGAAGAUUACAAUAUCACCAUUAAGGGUGGUAAAAUACCCAAUCCAAUACGCAGUUGGAAAGAAUCCGGCUUUCCCAAAGAAAUUUUGGAUAUUAUCGAUGGGGUUGGCUACAAAGAACCCACACCCAUUCAAAGGCAAGCCAUACCUAUUGGUUUGCAAAAUCGUGACAUUAUCGGUGUGGCUGAAACAGGUUCGGGUAAGACCUUGGCCUUCCUUAUUCCAUUGCUGUCAUGGAUCCAGUCUUUGCCGAAAAUCGAACGCCUAGAAGAUGUUGAUCAAGGACCGUAUGCUAUAAUUAUGGCUCCUACCCGUGAAUUGGCCCAACAAAUUGAAGAAGAAACCAUUAAAUUUGGUCAGCCUUUAGGCAUACGUACCGUGGUUGUGGUAGGUGGUCUUUCGCGUGAGGAACAAGGUUUUCGCUUACGUAUGGGUUGUGAAAUUGUCAUUGCUACUCCGGGUCGUCUUAUUGAUGUUUUGGAAAAUCGUUAUUUGGUAUUAAAUCAGUGUACAUAUAUAGUCUUGGAUGAAGCAGAUCGUAUGAUUGACAUGGGCUUUGAACCAGAUGUGCAGAAAAUUUUGGAAUAUAUGCCUGUGACAAAUUUAAAACCAGACACUGAAGAGGCCGAAGAUGCCAGCAAACUAAUGGAAAACUUCUAUUCAAAAAAGAAAUACAGACAAACUGUGAUGUUUACAGCCACUAUGCCUCCCGCCGUUGAACGUCUGGCACGUUCUUAUUUGCGUCGACCUGCUACCGUUUACAUUGGUUCUAUUGGCAAACCUACAGAGCGUACCGAACAAAUUGUAUACAUGAUGGGUGAAAAUGAUAAACGCAAGAAACUUAUGGAAAUUCUAUCACGCGGCAUCGAACCCCCCGUUAUUAUUUUCGUCAACCAGAAAAAAGGGGCCGAUGUUUUGGCUAAAGGUCUGGAGAAACUGGGCUACAAUUCGUGUACCCUUCAUGGUGGCAAGGGACAAGAACAGCGUGAAUAUGCUUUGGCUUCUUUGAAAUCCGGAGCGAAGGAUAUGUUGGUGGCAACAGAUGUUGCUGGUAGAGGUAUCGAUAUUAAAGAUGUAUCAUUGGUCAUUAACUAUGACAUGGCUAAAACGAUUGAAGACUAUACACAUCGUAUUGGUCGUACGGGCAGAGCGGGUAAAACUGGUUGUGCCAUAUCGUUUGUUACCAAAGACGACAGUCAAUUGUUCUAUGACCUUAAACAGUGUGUCACGGCCAGUCCUGUAUCUGUAUGCCCGCCUGAACUUAUGAACCAUCCAGAUGCCCAGCAUAAGCCCGGUACUGUGGUUACGAAAAAACGUAGAGAGGAAAAGAUUUUUGCAUAAAAGUUUCUAAUUGAGUUUUGAAAUAACUAUACUACAUAUAUGUAAUCAUUUUAAAUGUAAUUGAAAAAAAAACAAAAAAAAGGUAAUAAAAAAGUAUAUUAUAACAAAAACUA